UAUUUCUCAAAAAAAUAAAAUUUCUCACUUACAUCACCCAUAUACAAUCAUUGCAUUGUCCUUAUAAAUAUCUAUAGGAUUUUAUUAGAUUUCACAAAAAAAUAUCUCCUUUCUAGCUAUUUAUCCUUGCCCCUCUGCUCUGUAACUACGUACUAAUGGCGAUUACUGAGCACAGGGACAUUGAGAAAGGAGAUAAUAAGGGGCUCGAAGAUUUGUUCGAGCCACUUAUUGAUGACUACAGUUCUAAAAAGAAUUUCAAUGAUGAGGCGGUUAAAAAACAAGAAGUCAUAAUUCAGAAUGAUUCGAUUGGGAUGGUUUUGUUGAGUACUGCUGUUGCGGUUUGUGGCUCUCUUGAAUUCGGGUCAUGUGUUGGAUAUUCUGCUCCUGUUCAAUCUGAUAUCAGCAUUGAUUUGAAUUUAUCCGUUGCUGAGUAUUCACUAUUUGGUUCAAUUGUAACAAUUGGAGCAAUGAUUGGAGCAAUUACGAGCGGUAGAAUUGCAGAUACAAUCGGUCGAAAAGGGGCCAUGGCAUUAUCAGCUGUUUUCUGUAUAGCAGGAUGGCUUGCCAUCUUUUUCACCAUGGGAACUUUUACUCUUGAUACGGGCCGGUUCUUCACUGGAUAUGGCAUAGGGAUUUUCUCUUAUGUGGUUCCAAUAUAUAUUGCUGAAAUAGCACCCAAAAACCUACGUGGAGGGCUCACCACUCUCAAUCAACUCAUGAUUGUUACUGGUUCAUCGAUAUCAUUCUUGUUGGGAACCGUUGUUUCAUGGAGAACAUUAGCUUUAACCGGACUUGUCCCCUGCAUGCUUCUGCUUGUCGGCCUAAUGUUUAUUCCAGAAUCCCCUCGAUGGCUGGCAAAAGUAGGACGCAUAGCAGAAUUCGAGUAUUCUUUACGCAAACUCCGUGGUCAGAAAGCAAACAUUGCUGCUGAAACCGAUGAGAUACAUGAAACUAUAUAUACUCUUCAAAGUCUUCCUAAAGCUAGACUAUCGGAUUUAUUCAAUGAAAAAUACAUCAAAGCCGUUAUUAUUGCUGUUGGAUUAAUGGUAUGCCAACAAUCUUGUGGAAUCAAUGGAAUAGGAUUCUAUGCAAGUGAAACCUUUCAAACUGCUGGACUUUCAUCGGGUAAAACUGGAACCAUUGCCUAUGCCUUAAUUCAGAUUCCUGUAACGAUGCUCGGGGUAUUCUUAAUGGACAAAUCAGGGAGAAGGGCUCUUCUUUUUGUAUCUUCAUCUGGGACAUUUCUUGGUUGUUUUCUUGCUGGAACUUCAUUUUUUUUCAAGGGUCAAGCCAUUUUUCUCGAAUGGGUCCCUCUUCUUGCCGUUUCUGGUGUUCUGAUAUUCAUAGCAGCGUUCUCAAUUGGAAUGGGGGCUGUACCUUGGUUAAUCAUGUCUGAGAUAUUCCCCUUGCAUAUAAAAGGCGCUGCAGGGAGUGUAGCCGUGCUAGUGAAUUGGUUUGGUGCAUGGGCAGUUUCAUACAGUUUUAACUUUCUUAUUAACUGGAGUCCUGCUGGUACAUUCUGGUUGUUUUCCGGAUUUUGUAUCCUCACAGUUAUCUUUGUGGCAAAGUUAGUGCCUGAAACGAAAGGAAAAAGCUUGGAAGAAAUUCAAGCUUCCAUCAACUCAUAAUGGUCAAAUGAAAUUGCUGCUUGAAAGAAGUCACUAUAGUCUUAGGUAGAUAUUUGAGAAUCAUAACGUCGAAUGGGCGAUUAAUGUUAAGUUAGUAGCUGUCAGGUUUUGUUUAGUCUAGCUAGUAAUAUAUAUCUUAUUUUAUUAUUCAUUUAUACAUAUAUAAAAAAUUGGUUAUCUA